UUAAAGGUGGAUUCCAGAUUCCGAUAAGCCCCCUGCCUGCAGACCCCCACAACCACAGCCACUGGCCAGGGUUGUGGGAAAGAGGUCCUUGUCCCCAUCAACAUGCGGGCAAGGGGCUUUGGGGGGAGCCCUCCUGCCCCAAAGCACCCCUCCAUGUUGAGGGCAUGUGGCCUGGUAUGGUUCAGGAGGGGGGGGGGCGCUCGCUCAUCCCCCUCCUUUCCUGACCUACCGGACUGCAUGCUCGGAUAAGGGUCUGGUAUGGAUUUUGGGGGGACCCCAUGACAUUUUUUUUUAAUUUUCCCCUCUAAAUCCAUACCAGACCCAAAGGGCUUGGUGUGGAUUGGAGGGGG